ACCUCGAGCUUUAGCUCUCAUGUCUGUGGAGACCCACAGAUCAGUGUGCUGCAGUGUGUCGGUUUCUCAGUCAGAGCUGCAUCCUUUGGUGCAACAUGAUCCUGCUGCUUGGUCUGCUUUGUGUUGUCUGGGUGGAACCUGCUUGGAGUCACAAGGAAGAUGGAAGUUUCAGUUUUGAGGGAAACAUUCAGCAGGUCUCAGUGGCCACCAACUCUGUUUACAUCGCCACAGAGGAGAAGCUGUACCAGCUGAGCCAUGACCUGACUCUGCUGCACAGCCUGACCCAGAGAGGGAUCUUAAAGGACGACAAUGGGUUGGGUGAUGUGGAGUUUCAUCGAAUCUCAGAAACAGAUUUGUUAAAUGCAAGGUUUAGUGUCAAUAUUUUAAUUCCAUUUGCUAGUAAUGAUACAGUAGUCAGCUGCGGUGUGACCAACAAUUACUGUGGCUAUUGUGAGAUUCUGGACCUGAAGAACAUCUCUAAGCUGGUUUACAGUGAAUUCAUCCAGGUGGGACCUCAGAGGAGCAGCAGUGGGUCUGUCAGCUUUCUGGUGGAUGUGAAGGAGGAUUCAGGUCAGACUGAGACUUACAUUCUGACAGCGAUAAAGAACCCGAGCGACAAGACAGAGUGUAGCGAUGAUUUAAAGACAAUCAACCUUCAAAACACCGAUCAUAAACAGCCUGGGGAAAUAUUUUCCUGGUCUGGUCGAUCAGGUGUUAAACCUGGGAUCCAAACUGAAGCUGAUGUAGAGUUUGUGGACGGAUUCCAGAUCAACUCAACAGUGUAUCUGUUCUCCAACGUGGCAUCAGGAGGUAAAACCAACAAAGUCCGUCUGAUCUGGCUUCAGGCUCAAACCAACAAAACUCAGACUCUGGAGUCUCUUCAUGGAGCGACUCUCAGUUCCUCUGGAGGCAGCAGACUGCUGGCCUCCUCGGUCGUCCCAGCUGGACAGCAGGUCCUGUGGAGUGGAGUGUUCAGUGUGGACGGAGGAGAAAGCAACACUGAGCUGCUGCUGUUUGACGUCAGUCCUGAUCUCAGCAGGGAGAAGAAUAGAGAUCCAGACUUUUUUUACACAUCAAAAAGUACAUAUUUCUGGUCAAAGACUCUUAAACCAAAGGUUGUUCUUCUGAAACACGAUGACAUGACCUCUGUGUUGGCGACGAAGCAGAAGGCCUGGAUGGUGUUCUUCAUUGGAACAGCAGACGGAUUGCUUAUGAAGCUUGCUGUAGACAGGAACUUUAAGCCCACCUGUCCAGAGAUUCUCUACAGAGAGAAUGAAAAACGCAAAGUGUUUCCCAAAAUCCAUCUGGAUCAAGUGGAUCAGAACCAUGUGUAUUUGCAGCUCAAAAACAAGAUUGAGCGUGUUCCAGUGUCGAGGUGUAGCACUCACAGAAAUGUGAGGGCUUGCCUGUCGGCACAGGAUCCCCUCUGUGUGUGGUGUGUCUCUGAAGACAGCUGUACAUUUGAGGACCACUGCACAGAUUCAGAGUGGUUGUCCAUCCCUGAUGAGGCUCAACAGGAAGUGAUUUCCCACCGAGUUGUGAAGGUUUCCAGUGGAAUGGUCAAAGUAUUGAUCCAGACCCACCUGACUGUGCAGCACAAGGUUCAGUCUAACUUCACCUGUGAAUUCUCCUCAAAUUCUAGUCAGAUUUGUAGGCAACAGGGGCUUUCAGCACAGUUUCCUCAAUGCACAUGCAUCCUUAUCGACACUCUGCUUACUGAUGUUCUGGAUGUUGCCAUAAAGAUCGGCAUUGGGAAAACUGAGCUGACAGAGCAAAGAAAACUAAUCAACUGUUCAAGUAUUCAUGGACAACCAAGUUCUCCUCUGUGCCGACAGUGCAUCAGCUCUGGGUGCCAAUGGAUGGAGAACAGCUGUUCCUGGGCCAGUGAACUUACUCACAAUACCCAGAAGGAUGUUUGCCUGGAGAUGGAAGCUGGGAGGAAAAUUUCUUUACCAGAUGUCAUCUCCGUUACACCUAGUGUUGUGUCUCUGUAUGGGAAAAACCACGCUUUGCUGUCGGGUCAGAACCUGAGCGACGUGAUCGGAGUGAGAAUCUCGACGUACAUGGACUGUAGUCCUCAGGAAUCUCCUGUGUGGAACAACACUGGUGUCAGUUUGACCUUUCACAUCCCCACCACUGAAACUAGAAGAGUGGUCAAAAUGUGUGUUCUUCUGCCUGAUGGUAGUUGCCACGGAAACACUAUAAUCUCCUAUCAGUCGUCCCCAGUCUGCACUGACAUAGUACCUCGGAGCAGCUGGAGGAGUGGGAAGAGGAAGGUCAAACUCAUUGGGACACACCUGGAGUUUGUGGAUGGGCUGAUGCAGAGCCACGCCCAGCAUCAAGUGUUGCUUCCCAGGAACAGCAGCAGUCAGGAGACUCUCACCUAUGAUACGCCUACAGCAGAAAGCAGUCAGAUUUGCUGCAGCACCGUUUUUAUGAAAGUAGCCAAUCAAACAGUGGCCUGUUUGGUCAAACUAACGUACUAUCCUGAUCCGGAGUUUACCGGCUUCACUACAGAGAGGCUGAGAAAUGAUGCCCGUGUUGUUAUUCACAAAAGUUCAGAUAAACUGGAGAUGACAGCAGCAGAGUUGUUGGUGUGGGGCAUUGAGGGUGAAAAACAACAUCCCUGUGUCAAAGUUAAAGAAAACCAUAACAAGACAGACUCCUUUAUCUGUGACAUCCAAGGAGUUAACAAUACUAACUUCAGGGCUAUAAAGAUUAAAUAUGGUGGCACAACUGUGUGGAUGCAGACUCUGACUUCAUUACAUGUGGGCCUUCUGAUUCUACAUUUUCUUCUCAAAUGCUCUAUUUUUACUGUGCUGGUGGUUUUCUGUCAGUGGCAAAAGAGACAAGAAAGUUCUGAUUACUGAUCAUUUCUCAGCCAGAGGAUCACUGAGAACAAGUACAGCCCAAGGAUUCUAAACGUGUACAUCGUGAUCUUUGCUUUGUGUUUACAUUUUUAAACGUUGCAGUAUUUUCUAACAUCCUUCUGUGUCAUCCAAAUGUAUCCACCCUGAACCAUAAGUGAACUAAAUGGCUGAACACCUAGGAGCUGUUGAAUUGCCUUAAGAAAAGUCACUGAAAGCACUCGCUAUGAAAAUACAAAGACAACAUCCAGAAAGUUAUAUAUUAUCAUUUGUGUUACCAUGACAACUGACACAACUAUACAUUACUGUCAACACAUGACCAAUGUCCCUUUUAGUCAGCGUGUUGAUUUCGAUGAGUGGAUGGACCAGAACCUCCUCCAGUUUGAUGAAGAAAACAAAGUUGUCAUUGUUUUGGGUCAUGAAAAUAUGAGGUUAGAAAUCAACACUCCAUUAUACAUUAUGAGAAUUAAAAUAAAGAAUACUAGAAAUCUAUGUGUGCCUAUGUAGUUAGGUUUAUUUUAAACACUUUUUACUAAAUUGCCCACCUUAAAAAUAAUUGCUAGUGUUAGGGAUUUCCUGUCAAAUACAUAGAGGAAAAGCUGGUGAGUGUGUUAAUUUUAUUAUGAAUUAUUUUAAUGUCUGUGAAGAUUCACAUAUACUGUAGCUGCAGCACAUCCAGAAUGCUGCUGCCACAGUCCUGACCAACAACAGGGAACCGGAUCAUGUGACAUCUGAGUUAUUAAAUUACUGCACUGGCCCACUGCUUGGAAAGAUUAUAUAUUUUUAAAGUGCAUUAUAGGAUUAGACUAGUCAGGACUGUAAACAUUGACAGAAGUGGUAAAAAGCUUUUGGUUUUAUUUUGGUAUUUUUAAUCUUAUAUUAGCUGUUCGUUUUCUUAUAAAUAUAUUUUUGUAUGGAUUUUUUUUCCAUAUAAUUCUUACAAUUAUGCAUUUAUUGUACCACAUAUUUCUAUUCCAGUUAAUCUUAAGUACUGCUCUUUUUUAAAUACCGAAAAGUACUUUAAAUUCACCUUGUGUAUGAACCGUGGUAUUGGUGACCUGUCCAGGGUGCACCGCUGGAGAUGGGCACUAGCACCGCUGACCUGCAAAGACAAGCAUGUUGGCUAAUGGAUGGAUGGGAAAAUAAUGAAUAAUGGGAUAAAAAUAAACUUGCCUGGCAAAUAGUAUAAAUUUUCAAUGUUUUUUUUUUUUUAGUUUUCCUUGAUGAAGAAUAGUGUAAUAGCAAAGACUUGUGAUUCUUCUCCUGUUGCUCCACUCCAUUACUGCUGGUCAUUUUUUAAAAUUAACAGAGUUGGUAAUUAAACGUUAAUGCCUGUAAUCUGCCUUUAAUGUCAGUCUUCUUUACAAUUGGAAAAUGUCCAAAUGUCAA